AUAUUGGAGUAAUUUAACUCCAUCUAUCGUCAGCCGCAUACGGAAGGAACGAAUUUAUGUACCAAUUUAUCGUAUUUAACUGCGGUAAAAUCUGUUCAACGUGCUUAUAUUCUUUUAACCCAUUUGAGUAAUUGUGAUGUACAAACGUGUAUUGUAUUAAGUCAUCAUUUUGUUAUACCUAUCUACUUUGUAUUCGCGCCGUACCCAAACUCGAAGGGUGUCGAACUGUCGACAGUGUUGAGUGAUGAUCUGGGUGAAUAAUGUUGAGAUUUUUGUGACUUUCGUAAUGAUCGGGAUUUUUCUAAAGUGUAAAUAAUGAUAAAAUUGUGUUCUGUGACUGUGAUACUUGUUGUGUUCUUGUGGAUGAAAAAUGAUACCGGUCGAGUAACAGCUACAGAAUCGUGUUGCCCAUUGGAAGACGAAGUAAAACAAGAUGACUCGUACAUUGGUGUUAAUAUUAUGACAGAAGGAUAUCAAAGUGUCGAAUCAAGCCAUGAAUCGGCGGUAGUGCCGACGCCGACUACCACUACGGUGGCGGUCAAGUUUCUAGAGAUUGCCACAGUUACCGAAACGCAAUUACAUAUCGGUGAAAAUAAAACCACUCAACGUUCCUGCGAUGGUGUAAAUCAAGUAACGAGUGUUUACGAAAGAACACACGAUAUCGAUAUGAAAUUCGUUCAAGAUUCCAUAACGUCCAUGUGGCGGACUAUAUUUUCACUCGUUUUUAUUUUAAUUUUAUUAGCGUUUUUGAUUUCCUACGUGUACUCGUUGAUCAAGAAAAAUAACAUCAGGAAGGAUACGGCGAGAAGGAAUGAAAAAAUUCGUCCUAUUCCUGAUACGUUUAACGAGAAAAAUUCACAGCUGUAUUUUCCUAUCAUCAACGCUUCUCGAACAGCUCACUUCUUAAAAGAUUUGGAUCCGAUAUACGAUUAUCCAUGUUCGAUGCAAUCGGAUUACGAAAAAGUGUAAAACCUCAUCAGAAACGUUAAUUAAUGUCGUUGAGUUAAUGCAAUCGUAAUGAAAACGAUCCCUUUCAUACAUAAAUGAAUCUAUUUAAAACAAAAAUGCAACAGAACAGAAUUGGUGCCAAAUUCAUGACGAAAUGAAAAUAAAAAAAUCUUAAAACUUGAUGAUACCUACCUACUUAUCUAUCUGAAUUAAUGCUAAGUUGCUUCCUCUGCAUUGUUGACUGAAACAAAGAGAAAAAUAUUUCAACUAUUAUUGAAAUAGAUAAAUAUCAAACAUAAUAAAGAAUUUGGUUAUGAGA